UUUUUUUACGAAAAUGGACAAGGAAAGAUUUUCGACGAACAAGGCAAUGAUGCUAUGGAAUGGAUUGAGGAAGCUGAUCCUUUCCAUUUAGAAACUCUUACGACAUUACGAAAGUACCAACAGGCUCAACCAACUGAGCAAGAAAGAAUGAGGGGCGACUUAAAGAAAAAAAAAAGUAAUAAUAUUAACAGAGAGGAGAUUAUUUAA